UGUUGGCUAGCUAACCAAGCUGAUGUAAUGACUGUGGAAGUUAUGAUGUCAGUCACUGAGGCUCUUCCUGAUAUGGAUGGAGCAGAUCUUCUUGGAAUACUGUUCCAUGAUGGAGAUAGCGACGCCAACGACCCUUUCUUCCCAGAUGGGAAUGGUCUGGAAAACUGGCUGUCUGAGCACGAUCUACUAACAGGCUUGGACACAGAGGACUUCCUGUCCAGCCUGCUGGAAGGAGAUGAGAUGGUGUCCACUUCCUGUCUCUCCCACUCUCCGCUGGGUAGCGACAGCGGCAUUUCUGACGACAGCAGCACCGGCGGCAUAGUCAGCCGGAACGUACCGGCCUGCCCCAGCCCCCAGGGAAGUGACAGUGACCGUGCGCCCAGCCCAGGAUACUCCCUGCCCAGCCCGGAUUCCUCCGACACACCGAUGAUGGCCCCGGACCUUCAGAUGGAGAGCCCAGAGUCUCUGGCUGUGCAGACAGACCACAGCUACUCUCUGCUCCAGGGAGGGGACAUGGAUGCUCUGCAGAGCGUGAGAGCAGAGAAGCCUGACAUGGAUGUCUUUAUUGAUCUGGAUGACCUAGACAGUGUGGGGAUGGACAUGGAACAGGACUAUUCUAGUGACCUACUGCCCUGUACUCUCUCCAUAGAGGACUUAACACAGAGCAACAAAGCUGAUCAGUUCCAGUUUAAGGAGAUUGUUCUGACUGAUGAAGAAAGGAGACUUCUCGCUAAGGAAGGCGCAACCUUACCAACGUGUAUGCCUCUCACUAAGGCAGAGGAGAGGACCUUGAAGAGGGUGAGGAGGAAGAUCCGCAACAAGCAGUCGGCCCAGGAGAGUAGGAAGAAGAAAAAGGUGUACGUGGAUGGCCUGGAGAACAGGGUUUCCAUAUGCACCGCUCACAACCAGGAGCUGCAGAAGAAGGUCCAUCUGCUGCAGAAACAAAACAUGUCCCUGAUGGAACAGCUGAGGAAGCUGCAGUCCAUGAUGAAGAUGUCUACCAUGAAGAACACCACCACCAGCACCUGCGUCAUGGUGUUCCUGCUGUCUUUCUGCCUCAUCCUCUUCCCGUCUGUCAACCCGUUUGGCCGCAGUGCCGGGCACAAGGAGAUCUACACCACUUCUUCCUUUGUGUCUCGGGGUGUACGCUCUGUGCCAGCUGAGGACACCCCUGAACCCGCUUACUUCACAGUCGAAGCUGAACCCGCCCCGCUCGGCCUUGUCAUGGUGGCCGAGGUCGAGAACACCAAGGCCAUGUUCGCCGGCGGCCAGAAUCACACGCCGGAUUACCAGAAGGUGGAGCAAUCUGAAUCUGAGAGCGGCGUUAACAGCAACUCCUCUACCGACUUCCCCAGUCCGGGCCAGGCGGAGCUCAAGGCGGGCCCCGGCGCCGGCGGCCAGCAAGAGGGAUCCAGAGAUCCAGUGGGAUCCUCUGUGGCUUAUGAAGUUCCAGGAACCAAGGAGAACUGGAUCGACAGGACACCGACGUCCGUCAUUAUACAGCAGCACCGCUCGGACGAGAUGUAGGCUAAAUGGCCAGCGGUGAAUCUACACAGGGAAAGGCCUUAACCAAAGUGUUGAUUGACACUUGGUAGAAGAAGGGAAAAGGGUAUCCGAUGUUUUGUUAUUGCAGUAUCUCCCCAAUAUCUCUGCCUUUCUCUCCCCCUUUCUGGUGAUGCUACUGUUCCUCUUAGAGCACUUUGUCCUUAUUUUCCAUUCCACUGGUAGAAUGGACCCGUGAGACUUCCGUUUUUAUACAUUACCGCUGUUGUACUUUAAUCAAGGGGUUAAGGUACAAUAUUGAAGUGGAUAGUAAUGACUCCUGAAGACUUUUUAAAAUGUGACUUCUCUAUUACUAAACAGAUCUCAGUUUGUUCUGUACAUCUAAUAUCAACAGCAGGUCUUGUGUCUGUGCUGAUUGCCUGCAGAAGACCAGUGUAUGUCUGUUAGAUAUUUGUAGAGAUCAGUCAGUCGGUCUCCUCAGCCUAAAUGUAUUCUGUCAAAUCUAGAUCUGAGGUGUUGGUUUGUAUACUGCUUUAGCCAUUGCAGGACAUUUGGCCAUGUAGGUUUUUUUUUGUGAACAUUUUAGUAUUUCCCUUGUAACAAGGGUUUUCAUGCUUUGCUUCACUUUUAGUUUUAAGACAAAUAUGAAAAUGAAUAAAUGGUAUGCUCUGGAAUUAAUCAAUUUUCCAGGAGCCAGAGGUGGAAGUGUUUUGGCUCUUCAUUUGUUCACCUCGUCCCCAGGCUCUUGCAAACGUUUCUGGGAGCGGGAGCUGUUCAAGUCCUUCAACAGUGGUUUUACCAUUGAUGUUCCCAUGUUCAGCGCUGGAUGCCUUUUAAGCAUCAUGUAAAAUGGGGGUCAAAACAGUUAACAUGUUGGCCGUGUAAAAUCAAUGUGGCUUUUUAACUAUACUAAAAUGUAAUGACCUGUUAAUUCCUUCAGUGAGGCAUUUUUGUUAUAACAUUGUGUAUUCUGUUUGUCAUCAGUGAUGUAUGCAAUCUAAAUGGUAUUUGAAGUAUUUGUAUUUUAUUCUGUUAAAGAUAACAGAUGAAUCAUGUUAAACAGAUGCACUGAUACUGUAUGCCAUAGUCCAAUAUCAGAAUGUAAAUAGACUGGAAUGAUUACAAUGUUUGUUUUUAACUCUUAUGGUAUUAAAUUAAAUGUCACUAUUAAAAGUCUCUUUUAUUAAUCUAA